AUGGUUGGCUUCAGGCUGAUUGGAUCCACCGUCUUCACCGUCGUGGCUGGUGGAUGGCUCCUCCAACAAGGUCCAAGCAAGUCUGACCAUGGGCACGGCCACGCUGAACCUAAGGAGGAGGCACAAGAAGCUCCAGAAGAAGAGCCAAAGGAAGAGGAGGAGCCAAAGGAAGAAUUGAAGGCAGAGGAGGAUGCAACCCCCAAGGGUAGACCAGCUGGUGAGGAGCGAGACACCACCGAAUCUGCAGGUGAUCAGCAGAAACAAGGCGAUUUGUCAUCUGCUAGCAACCCAUAUAUGGGUGAGGGUGACAAGUCCAAGAAGGCCGAAGGCACUCCGGAAAGCGCGAGAGUUCACGGUACCGUCGACUCAUCAAGGCCUAUCGGAGGCCACAAAGACCCUGAGAAGUCCCAGCCAAGCGCUCCAGAGAAACAAUCAGACAAAGACGAGAAGGAAUCUGAGGAAUGA